GAGCGGCGCACCGGGCAUGCGCGAGCGCGUCCUGGGCCCGGCGGGUGGAGGGUUUAGGUAGCGCGGGGUGGCGCCUCCUGCCUCGUUCGCCGCACUUCGGAGGUUUCCUGCAUUCCUCCGGCCCACGUAAGGUCCGGGUCCUGGCCUCAUUGUGAACAGCGUGUCCGGCUUCGCCUCGUCGGCUCACCGGCUGGCUGGGCUUCUCGCGUCUAGGCUGCCGCAGUGACCCCGCCCCCGGGCCGAGGAUGUGAGGCGGGCCGGGCGUCCCCGCACCGGGCCCGGGCGCCGGGAGUGGGCGUCUGGGCCCCGCCGGGCAAUGGCCCUGCUGCCGGUGCUCCUCGCCUCCUGGGUCCUGGGGCAGUGAGGGGGCCGGCGGGCGUGGGCCGAGUGGCCGCGGGCGCCAUGGAGGGGGUGCUGUACAAAUGGACCAACUAUCUGAGCGGUUGGCAGCCUCGAUGGUUCCUUCUCUGUGGGGGAAUAUUGUCCUAUUAUGAUUCUCCUGAAGAUGCCUGGAAAGGUUGCAAAGGGAGCAUCCAAAUGGCAGUGUGUGAAAUUCAAGUUCAUUCUGUAGAUAAUACACGCAUGGACCUGAUAAUCCCUGGGGAACAGUAUUUCUACCUGAAGGCCAGAAGUGUCGCUGAGAGACAGCGGUGGCUGGUAGCCCUGGGAUCAGCCAAGGCUUGCCUGACUGACAGUAGGACCCAGAAGGAGAAAGAGUUUGCUGAAAACACUGAAAACUUGAAAACCAAAAUGUCAGAACUAAGACUCUACUGUGACCUCCUUGUUCAGCAAGUAGAUAAAACAAAAGAAGUGACCACAACUGGCGUGUCCAAUUCUGAGGAGGGAAUUGAUGUGGGAACUUUGCUGAAAUCAACCUGUAAUACAUUUCUGAAGACCUUGGAAGAAUGCAUGCAGAUUGCAAAUGCAGCCUUCACCUCUGAGCUGCUCUACCGCACUCCACCAGGAUCACCACAGCUGGCCAUGCUCAAGUCCAGCAAGAUGAAACAUCCUAUUAUACCAAUUCAUAACUCAUUGGAAAGGCAAAUAGAGUUGAGCAGUUGUGAAAAUGGAUCUUUAAAUAUGGCAAUAAAUGGUGAUGAAGAAAUCCUCAUGAAAAAUAAGAAUUCCUUAUAUUUGAAAUCUGCAGAGAUAGACUGCAGCCUAUCAAGUGAGGAAAAUACAGAUGAUAAUAUAACAGUUCAGGGUGAAAUAAUGAAGGAAGAUGGAGUGGAAAACCUGGAAAACCAUGAUAAUAAUUUGACUCAGUCUGGUUCAGACUCCCCAAGUUGCUCUCAAGAAUCCCUCUGGGAGGAAGGCAAAGAAGUUAUUCCAACUUUCUUUAGUACCAUGAACACAAGCUUUAGUGACAUUGAACUUUUGGAAGACAGUGGCAUUCCCACAGAAGCAUUCUUGGCAUCAUGUUAUGCUGUGGUUCCAGUGUUAGACAAACUUGGCCCUACAGUGUUUGCUCCUGUUAAGAUGGAUCUUGUUGGAAAUAUUAAGAAAGUAAAUCAGAAGUAUAUAACCAACAAAGAAGAGUUUACCACUCUCCAGAAGAUAGUACUGCAUGAAGUGGAGGCCGAUGUAGCCCAGGUUAGGAACUCCGCGACUGAAGCCCUCUUAUGGCUGAAGAGAGGUCUCAAAUUUCUGAAGGGAUUUUUAACAGAAGUGAAAAAUGGGGAAAAGGAUAUCCAGACAGCCCUGAAUAACGCAUAUGGUAAAACAUUGCGGCAACACCAUGGCUGGGUAGUUCGAGGGGUUUUUGCGUUAGCUUUAAGGGCAGCUCCAUCCUAUGAAGAUUUUGUGGCCGCGUUAACCAUAAAGGAAGGUGACCACCAGAAAGAAGCUUUCAGUAUUGGGAUGCAGAGGGACCUCAGCCUUUACCUCCCUGCCAUGGAGAAGCAGCUGGCCAUACUGGACACUUUAUAUGAGGUCCACGGGCUGGAGUCUGAUGAGGUGGUAUGAUGGCUGCUGGGCAGCACCUCCUAACUUCAGGGAAUAAAGUGCUAAAGUGUUGUGUUGCCCUACUUAAUUUCCAGCAACAGCCUCAGCCCUCUCCAACCCCUUCACUUGGGGGAUGGACAGGAAGAGGCAAAACCCAGUGCUUUUAUAUAUAAUUUUUAAAAUGCAUAUGUGUUUUGUGUAUUUAAAGAUCAAGGUGCUAUAUAUUUCAGUUCAGCAGGCCUACUGGAUACCAAAUGAUAAGCUGUUACAGACUUGAACAGCAAGUUAUAAGAGCAGAUUUAACAAAUGAAUUUGCUGUUACUGUGUAUUGUUUUUAGGUUUUAGUUUUAAUGAACCCAAACCCAAGCUGAAAAUCAGCAGGUUUCGUAUUAAGUACUAUAAUUCAUAGCCACGGUUUCAGCCAGCUUAGAAUUAGACUAGACACUUGGAGGUAGUAUAUGCCACUUUGUUGAAGCUGUGUGGAGUUUGCUGUUCCUAGAUGCUCUUCAGUGGACCCUCUUCACUGUAACUCUGUCAGUGAUAAGGGCCUGUAAAGUAAAAAUGUUUAGGGCAUUCACAUGACCAUGAAAUUUUGGGAGGUGAAGAAGACAUGGACAGGAGUCCAAUCCUUUUUGAGAGGCAUGAGACUGCUGCUCUGAGAUUAAUAGUGUGCCCUAACCCCAAGCUGGAGGAGAGAAUAUGGGAGAGGUGGGACAGCUCAUUUGAGAUGACACCUCCCAACUACCUACCAUGUACCAACAUGUUCUCCAUGCAUUAUCUCAAUGGGACAUCACAAGGAAUGAUACUCAAAGGGAUUAUUACCCCACUUCAAAAGCAAAGUUUAGAAGUUGAGGGAUCUGUUCACAGUCACAUAGUUUAUAAGUAGAAGAGCCAGGUAAUUUCCAAGUGUGACCUGGACUGCCUCUGUAUUAAAGUCAUGGAGUGCUUCUUCAAACAGCAGAUUCCCAGACCUUAUUUUGACUUAAAGAACCAGAAUCUAGGUGGUGGGCCAUAGGAAUCUGCAUUUCGAUAAACUUUACACAUGAUUCUUCUGCACACAGUAUUGAAGAGCAACUAGAUUAAAUUCUAGUUUAUAGAAUUCCCAGUUUCCUUCAACUAAAUGAUACAUCCUUUUUUUCAAAGAGGAGGAGGCUGCCAUUUAAAUAAAAUAGCUAAACGGAGAGUGAGAAGUGGAGCAAGUUUACUCAGCAAUAUUCUAAAUUGAGCCAGCAUUGACACCCAACCAGUAGGCCUUGGCAUUGCAUUCAAGGGCUGUGGCUCUGAACCGAUCAGUCUUGGUUUAAUCACCAAAAGUGCAGAGCAGGCAAAAUGCAGCUGUUUAUCAAUCUCAAAAAGCUCUGUGACAGUGUCAUAGUUCAAAGAUGACACUUAAGUAUUUCAUAAAACAAUGUUGCGUGGUCGUUCUUCUGCACAGUGUGAUGCCCCAACCCUGGCCCUGGUCUCAGUAGACCAUGCUGCUUCGAGUGUGCAUAGGAGAGAAGCCAUGGGUACCUUCCCCGUUAGAGGCUACUUCCUUCUAGUAACAGGAAGAGAAGUUGCAGCAUAAGGUAGUUAGCCAGGGUAGCAGGUCCUUUGAGAGGCUUGGUUGAGUUGAGCAUCAUCUCUAGAUGAUGCUGUUCCUACUGCAGAUCUCUAGGAUGGAGAGAAUUCUCUCUUGAGUCAAGAAGUUUAUGUAGGGAGAAGUAUUGGUUUUGCCUUUUGUCUGUCUUUAAACAAAUGAACAUUUAUUUAGCUCAAAUUAAUUAGGCAUUUUGCCCACAUAAAGCCUUCUGGAAAAUACUUAAACUUCAAAAAUCAACAUCACAUGUUUUAAUAAGGCUAGGGAGAAGGGGGAUAUUAAAAUGAUGUUGAUUAUUUAUUUUAUAUUUUGCUAAGGUAUGUGUUUAUUAUUUCCCUACCACCCUCAUGAGCAGUGAGUAUGGAUCUCCUUUUCUAAUUGGUAUUGAAUAUGAUGGCAGGACUCAGGGAUAGUCCCUGCCCUUGACAUAGCCUCCUAAAAGGGAAAAAGAAAAAGCAGCCAAUUUUUGCUUGUACUUUGAAUGAGGAUGUUUUAGGCAUUGUGCCCAUAGAGGGGAUGCUACCAGGUGGUUGUUAGACUUGUGCAGCAUGAUCAUUCUAAACAGCUGCUGGUACUCCCCGUCACCUCAGGUAAACUCUGUGGUCUCUUGGAGAGGUAGCACUCUUAAAAUACCUCAGGUUUGCCACUGAGGCUCCGAAUACACUCAAAGCUGCUCAACAUGGCCAUUUUGCUUUUGUAUAGGUAGUGCCUAGGUGUGCACGACUCAGUUUGCUGGGAACGAGGGGUUUAAUAUUCUCUGGGAUCAUUGAGAACCCAGAUCAGACAGAAAAGCUUGAGUAAGUUACAUUUUCCACUUACCCUUUUUCACAUCUGUAGAAAGAGGGUGAUUUUUCCCCACUGGAACAUAUUAAGUUUGCCUAAGAUAUAUAAAAGUUUGCUUAAGGAACUGAGGAUCUUUAAAUAAAAAUAUCUAGAAAUUGAACCUAAUACUAAACAGUAAAUUUAGCUUAACCUGAACUUUGGCAUAGUCAGAGCUUCCUCCUACAUCUACAGUGUUUGCUUCUCUGUUUUAGUUAAAGUCAUAAUUUGUGCUAAUGUAUAGUCACUUUCCAGGAAGGAGGCAAUGAGAAAAGAUACUUAAAGCUUUCUCUCCAUAGCCCGCCAAGACUGCUGGGACACCUAAGUUUGCUUUCAACAUUACUGUGAGAGGAGGUGAGAAAACUAGUAUUUUGUUGGCAGAGUAAUCACCCUGCUCAAAGCAUUUUCAGGAUUAUUUUUCUAGCAUAACCUUUAGAGAGAACCGGAAGAAAAAGGAAAUUGGUCUACUUGGUAUUAUUAGACAUGAAUAAGAAAUAUUAGGCUAACCCCUUACGAGACAUUUCCACACACACAAUUUCAUCAUGCCUGCACUUCUCCCCACAGUAGAAGCCAGUAUUUACACUUGGUAGGGAUCAGGGUGUAUUUGUUGAAUUAAGCAAAAUAUUUUCAAUGAUGGCAAGUCUCUUGACUUUUGAAAGCAAGUCAGAUUCCUUAUAGUUAAUGCUGGUGAAAAAUGUUAAAUUGGAGAGAUCCCUUUUGGGAGUGAAACCAAAUUAUAACUAAGAAGAGGAGAUGAUUUUCUCACUGGCUCUUGAUGUAGCUCUGAAGGGAGUUCCAGAAGAGGAGCUCUCACAGAAUGUUGAGCCUGUGGGUCCAAGACAUUGACUUUGAAGGGUAGUACUCAUUAGGAUCUCUAAGUAGUGGCUUGAGGCACCUUCUCGUCAUUAUUUGCAUGUCAUUUUGAUUAUUAAACGUCCCCCAAUGUCAUAUUCCAUGAUGAGGAAUUUCAGAACUCCAUAGUCCAGCCUUGUUGCUUUUCUCUCUUCUUUGCUACUGAAAGUUGCCAGUGGUACCGCCAUCAGCAAACCAAAUCUACCCCUGCUUAUGUUUGUUCUGCCCCAUUUCUCAGGAGCAAUUUCUAGCACAUAUGUAGAGCAUCUGGCAUCAACCUAGUCCAGGGCUAGGUGCCCAGACAAUGGGAAUUCAGUUCCCUCCUCCCCAGAUUGCAAGAGCUCCUUAAGAAGGAGCCCAUAUUCCCAUUUGUAGCUGAAAGCAGGUGAAUGACAUGACAUGGGACACGUAAGAAGGAUGAUCUAUUAGGGGAGUGCAGCUGGAAAAAUCUGUACUCUUCUCUUUUUGAUUAUUGCUUUCCAUAUAUAUUAACAAAAAGUUGAUGCUUUCAACUUUAUAUUUUCAGAAAAGUGUUUUCAAUUAGAAAUAUGUGAUAGGGACCAAAUAAGUAAAGUACAUUUUUCUUCACUAAAUUGGAAGUGAGGGAAAGAGCUGAAGUAAGAUUUUUUUUUUUUUUAAGGAAACUUAGUCUGAUUGUGAAAAUUAAACAUACGGAGAUGUAUCAGAUAAGGCAAUAGAGUCAGAGGGUAAUGGGCAAUAGACGAUGAUGCGAGGCAUUGGGGAACAUUCUGGAGGAAAAUUUCAAGUUUUUUUUUCCUACUAAACUACCAUGUCUUACAAGAACUUGGUUAUAUAACGGUGCAUUUCCUAAUCAUUGAUUAAAAUCAGUUGCUCUGACUUUAGUCACAGGUUUUCCGACUAUUCAGCUCUCCCAUCCUCAUGUUUCAUUUCUUUUUUUAAAGAUAAUCUAUCAACCUUUUUUAAAUUUAAAAAUUUUUAGAUGUAAAAUUUAUAAGUAAAAUAUAUUUUCAACCAUUGUUCUGUCAGCUGAGCUAAUGUGUUUGGUCUUAGAGGGCCUGAGUUCAUCUUGUAAGCUCUCUACACAAGCUUCAUGAUGUAUGGUACAUUUGUGUUCCUAUGAAUUGUAUAUAGAAUGUUUUCAUUAGAAAUAGGGUCUACUUCUGUAUGUCCCUUUGUAAUCUGCAGUUGCUUACUCAGGGUUUUCAUAGUAAUUUCAUAAAAACAAUUCACUAGCUGUCUAAUGGUAUUUUAAGACCGUUUAUCUGUAUUACAAGGUCAUUAGGAGUUCUUUCAGCAAUUCCAUAAAUGUACUGUUUACUGGACCGUCCCUGUAAAUGUUCCCAAUUCCCAUCCUGUCUCAGACAGUCAGUAGUCCUGUAUACAGUGACCCUUUGCAUGAUUUCUCACUGCACUGCUGCAUUCAGGCACUCCAGGGCAUGAUUAAACAGUCAUUAACAGUGCCUCUCUGGUACAGUUGAUGCAUGCAUUGAUCUUUCUCCUCUGCUGUUUUAAUAUAGCCUUUAAUUAAAAGGAAAAAAACAUACCACUACUCUGUAAUGCAAAAGGCUUCAAAAUUCUUUGUUUCCCGUAUUAAUCACUCCUGUUCCAGAGUGAAGAAAUGUUUUCAGCUAAUCUAUAUGAAAAUGGAAGAAUAAUAUCCUGCUUAUUCUAAAUAUUUCAUAUAUUUUAAAGUGUGGUCAGUAUUUCCUCCCUGUACCUUACAAACAGAAACCACCCUGGGAUGGCUGAUACCCCUUACAAAGUCGAUCUUACCACACAGACUCCUGUGUAUGCGUGUCUAUUUAUAGGUGUAUGUGGAGUCAGUGUUGAUAGGAAGGAUGCUUUAGAAGUACUUCUGUUGUUUCCCAGAAGGCUAUGAGCCAAUUCCAUGGCAUGUUUAAUGUAUGAUUCCCAUGUAUCAUGCGAAUUUCACUAGAAUGUCAUUAAACAGCCCAACUACCUCAUGUGAAAUCGGCUGUGGACAAUCUAUGUCAGAUGAGAAAUGUGUUCAGAUAAAUUUAAUCUGGCUAAUAGAUUUAACAAAUUAAUGUCUACAUAAAGAAGAAAUAUGAUAGACCAGAUGCCAAAGGCUAAAAUGUACAUAGAUUUCCUUGGAUUAAUUUUUUUAGUCACUGUUUAAUUCCACUCCUCGUAUUCUUAUGAAUGUGGUUUCAUAGAUUUAUGCACUUUGAAUAUCUGUCUCAUGCAGUCUUAACCUUACUUGUUCUUGUCCCUCAGCAUUCUGAAUGAGCAUCAUAAUCAGAGUAGAAAGCAAGUUAAACUACAAAAGUGUCAAGUGGCUUGUUAACUUCUUAAUUUAAUGGACCUUUACUUAGAAUAGAAUAUGUUGGAGCCUUUUAGGACCAACUGAUGAAUGACAGUUUCAUGUUGAGGUUUGUAUUGUUUCUCUGUCCAAGUCCUUAUUCUAUAUCUUGUGGGGAAGGGGGGCAGGGAAGGGUUUUACUUUUUUUGCAAAAAUGUUUAAAAAUACCUGUCAGAUUUUAUAUUCGUUAGUUAUAAUAAACUUAUUUUUAAAGUA